AUGGAAGAGAGGCGCUCUGAAGGUGAUGAUAUGGAUAAUGGUGAUCGUGAGGCUUUGGAUCGAGGACCACCUCCUCAGGGGCCGGAGGUGAAUGCACCUACUCGUUCUUAUGCAAGGGCGGUAGGUCUCGCCUCAUGGCCUGCAAUUGAUUCGCUCCCAGAGCCGAUUCAAGCAGGAAAUAUUACAAGGAUUGUCAUACCACAGAAUGAUUAUGAAGCAAAGAGACAGAAUUUCAGGUUUGCUCUAAUAGGCCGUGUAAAUUUUCGUCUUUUAUCUUUGGAUGAUUUACGUCAAGAGGCAAGAGAUAACUGGAAAUUGAGCCAAGGAGUUGUGAUGCACCCUCUGGGAAAAGGUUAUGUCAUUUUUCAAUUUCGAUGUGAGGGUGAUAAGGCGGUUAUUUGGAGAAGAACCCCUUUGCGUGUGCGUGGACAGUUAAUUCGGCUUCAACACUGGAGACCGGAUUUUAACAUCCAUGAGAAAAAUUCCUUCACGAAACUUGUGUGGGUUCGUUUCCCAGACCUUCCCUUGGAAUAUUGGCAUGAUAAUGUACUUCUCUCCAUUGCGAAGGCGGUGGGACGUCCAGUUACCCUGGAUAAUCAUACUAGACAAGGAAUUUUGGGAUAUUUUGCCCGAGUGCUGGUUGAAGUUGAUUGCUCGGAAGCUGCUACUCGGGUUGAGGAGGUUCAGGUAGAGAGAUUUGAACCAGGUACUACUAAGAUUUUUGGUUUUCGUCAGCGAGUAAUAUAUGAAGAUAUUUGUGCAAAGUGUGGUUUCUGUAAGCGGAUGGGUCAUCAAGUAAAUAAUUGUCGACUCAAAAAGAUGGAGGAUGAGAAGCAGAGUGCUCGUGACAAUGUAAGGGUACCAGGUGCGAUUUUGAAAAAUAAAGGGGAGUUACCUAUUGAAGAGGGAAACGGCUCUGCUGGACAAUCUCAUAAUAAAAUCUCUUCUCAACUUCCAAAUAUAGAAGAAGGUGUGAUUCAAAUUAAUUUGAAUCCGGCUAAUACAAAUCUCCCAAUUUUGGAAAAUGUGGGAUUAGCGCAGGAGAGAGUUGAGUCAGAGAAGGACUCUAGUGAUGAUGUGGAGGGGUCUGAUUCUGAUUCUGAAUCAGAAUUAGAAUCUGAUUCAGACCAGAAUUCUGGUUCAAAAGAGAAUGGACCGUAUCAGGUCCGAUCUUCCCCAGUCUAUGAUACGGUGGAUACUUUUCAGCAGGAAGUCUCUUUGGCGAGGGUGUCGCAGGGUCCUGUGAGAAUGUCAUCGCGCACAAAGAGAACGGGACUGAUUCAGGGAUCCAGUCGGGGCGGCCUGACGAGCAGGGGUGGUCGGAUUUCUUCCUCUGGGUGUGGUCCGGCCCCUACCUCUACAAUUAGUAGAAGGGAGAUGUCUGUGAUGGGCGCUCAGGCAGUGGAUAGAGCUGUUUUGCUGGGUGAGCAGGGCAAAACAGUGGGAGAAAAAAAGGGGAAGAAGAAAAAAGGAGGAGGUCAGACAUCUAUAUCUGACAGGAUCGCGGACUCAACAGUUUGA